GAGGGGCUCGCUCAGGGCGGCGCGGGAGGAGUUGGGCUGGUGCAGGUCGUACUGCGGGCGAGCCCAUGUAGUCCGAGACUUCGGGGUUAAGGCAAGUAACGAGCUGUAUGCCGGCAGCCCAGUCUGUUGCGCAGGUCCCUCACCAGCUGUGCACGGAGCCUGUGCCCGCCUGCUUUGGUGGAGAUGGCGCCGGCAAUGUGCGCGUGUCCACCGCAAACCUGCGUCUGGAGCUGCGGCAGGAGGAGGAGCAGCAGCAGCUGCGCGGAUGGGCGUGGAGGUGCCCAUCAAGCAGCGAGGGUGCGGGCAGACGGGAACGGGCGGCGGGUGCAGGAGGAGGUGCCUGUAGGGCGGCCGACAGGCCUGAAGGAGGGAAGGCGCAGCAGGAGGACGUUCGACAGCGGAAGCCGGCAGGCAUGAACGAGGCGACGUGGCAGCGGGUGGCGCAGUGGGAGAUGCUGCACCGCGGCGAAUGCGACACGCCAACAGUACUGCGCUUCCAGGCCAAGCCGCACGACCUCAGCCGCUGGGCGCGCGAGGUCAUCCGGCUCGCGGCAACCUGGCCGACCAGGACGCGCCGGCGGCCCGCCCGCACUUGCAACCGCGCCAUUUGGCCGAGCCUCCGGCCGCUGAGCGAGCUGCGAGGAGUGCCGGGCGCAAUGGCGCAGGCGGCGGCGUUUGGCGGCCAGCAGGCGGCCAGCGGCAGCUCGUGAGGGUGGCGCUGUUGGACUGGGGUGAAAGGGCGUAAGGUGCUAUAGGCUUCUGGUGCCCGUUGCAUCUAGACUCAAGGCGUGGGCAAGACAGAUGUCCCUGCAGAAGUGGUAGAGCGCACGCAGCAGCAGGAGCAGGAGGGAAGAGGGCAGGGUUUGGUGGCGACGGCGUGGCGACGGCCAGGUUGGUGGUGGGCAAGGAGCAAGUUAGCAAGCGGCCGGGGCAGGGCCUGUGGGCAUCAGCAGCAACCAUACGCUGCUGUGACAGCGGCAGCACGCAAACGUGUGUGCGUGUGCUGUGUGUGCAGGUGUAUGUGCGUGAAAGUGUGCAGAUCCGCCGGGUUUAUUCGCACUCGACACUAGUUUAGUAAAGCACGUCGAUAACCGUAUGUAUGUCCACUGCUACAGGGUUGUUUGUAACCGUCGAAGAGGCCCGAAGUAAGAUCCAGCAGUUAAGCCCCGUUAAGCAGCAGCUUUCGUCAGUGAACGCGCGCAGGCGCCCUACAAAUCUAGUCUGCUUGAUCAUUUCGCGAUAGAUGCACUGGCGAUGGAGUAUGUAAAAGUUUUGGGGGCGCAAAGCGAGCGACUCGUGGCGACAGAAUCAAGUGCACGCGCGCGCAUGCAACAUGGAUGACAUUGCCUUAACAUGACUAUUACGUCUGUAAGAAGCGUUGUGA